AUGCUGCGCGGCGGAGCCCCCCUGGCCGCGCUGCUGCUGGCGGCGCUCAGCCUGGCCCGCGGGGAGCCCCCGCCGGUCUCGGGGUGCGGGAUGGAGGCUCCGAGCCGCCGCGCCGCGCCCCCGCAUCUCCCGUACGGGCUGUACCCGCAGGGUCCCGCCGCGCACGGGGCGCUCGGAGCUGCAUCCCCGCGGGGCCGGAGACCGCGGGGAGCCAGGGCAGGAGGAGAAGAGCCGCAGGGCGAGGCGGACGGCCGGGGCCGGGGCCGCAGCCGGUGGGAGAGGCGGCGGGGCCGGGAGCCGCAGGUGCCGGACCCUCCCCGGGAGCGGCCGCUGCCCGCCCUGUACUUCUCGGGCGGCCGGGAGCAGCUGGCGGCGCGGGCGGAGGCGCUGCCCGCAGUCCCGCGGGACGAGUUCACCCUGGAGCUGUGGGUGAAGGCGGAGGGCGGACAGAACAACCCGGCCAUCAUCGCAGGUGUCUUCAACAACUGCUCGCACUCAGCCAGCGACAAGGGCUGGGCGCUGGGCAUCCGCGCCCUGCAGCUCAAUGGCAAGAAGGACGCCCGCUUCUUCUUCUCCCUCCGCACGGACCGGGCGGCCGCCGCCACCGAGGUGACCUCCCACCGCCGCUACCGCCCUGAGGCGUGGACACACCUGGCCGCCAGCUACGAUGGCCGGUGGAUGGCUCUCUACGUCGAUGGGGUGCGGGUGGGCCGCUCCGGCGGGCAGGAGGGACCCCUGCACAGUGCCUUCAUGUCCUCCUGUCACACGCUGCUGCUGGGGGGGGACGCCUGGGGGACCACCCACACUUUCCGGGGACACCUGGCCGGGCUGGCCCUGUGGCGUGGUGCCUUGUCCCAGUCCCACCUCCAGCGUUCCUUUCUAGAGGAGGUGGCCGAGGAGACGGCGGGGCUGGCUCUGGCCGCUGGCUUUGCCACCCCGGAGGAGCGCUGGGCGCCUUUUCGGGAGGGUGCCUUCCCCCAGCAGCGGGUGCUGCUGUCCCCACCUUCCCCCGUGCUGCGGCCGCUGGGCCCCCCUGCGUGCGGGCAGACAGCCUGCGACAACGUGGAGCUGGCGGGGCACUACAACCAGCACUGGCCGCUGCGCAGCUGGAAGGUGCUGCGCUACCGCGUGGUGAACCUGGCCGAGGACGACGGCGGCCGGCCCACGGUCACCUGGGAGCAGAUCUGGCGGCAGCACCGGGCUCUGAGCGAAGCUUUCCGGCCCUACAACAUCUCCUGGCAGCUCAGCCUGCUGGACGUGCGCAACUCCUCCCUGCGCCGCCGCGCCGUGCUGCUGGGCUGCGAGCCCAGCAAGGUGGGCAACGAGCGCUGUGACCCCGAGUGCGAGCAUCCCCUCACGGGCUACGAUGGCGGCGACUGCCGAAGGGCCGGCCGCUGCUUCUCCUGGAAGCGCCGCGACGGCGUCUGCCACAUGGAGUGCAACAACAUGUUGGACGACUUCGAUGACGGCGACUGCUGCGACCCGCGGGCCACCGACGUGGCCAGGACCUGCUUCGACCCUGACUCGCCCCAGCGGGCGUACAUGAGUGUGAAGGAGCUGAAGGAGGCUCUGCAGCUGAACAGCACCCAUUUCCUCAAUGUUUACUUUGCCAGUUCAGUGAGGGAAGAGUUGGCUGGUGCUGCCACUUGGCCGUGGGACAAAGAGGCCCUUAGUCACCUGGGUGGAGUUGUCCUCAACCCUGCUUACUACGGCAUGCACGGCCACACCAACACCAUGAUCCACGAAGUGGGGCAUGUCCUGGGGCUCUACCACGUCUUUAAGGGAGUGAGUGAGAGGGAAUCUUGUGACGAUCCCUGCAGGGAGACCACUCCAUCCAUGGAGACAGGAGACCUCUGUGCUGACACUGCCCCUGCCCCAAAGAGUAAACUCUGUCGGGAUCCAGACCCUACCAAUGACACCUGCGGCCAGACACAUUUCACAGGGACGCCCUUCAACAACUACAUGAGUUACACAGAUGAUGACUGCACCAACAGCUUCACCCCCAACCAGGUGGCCCGCAUGCACUGCUACCUGGACCUGGUCUACCAGCGCUGGGGCCACAGCAAGAAGCCGGCGCCCAUCCCCAUCCCCGCCAUGGUCACCGGGCAGACACAGCACUCCCUCAGCAUCUACUGGCUGCCUCCCAUCAGCGGUGUCAUCCACGAGAGGGAGCAGGACACGCUGUGUGACAGCUGUGCUGAGGAUGGCACCUUCCGUCAGUACGUGCACGAGGCCUCCUCCCCUCGCGUCUGCGACUCCUCCGGCUACUGGACCCCAGAAGAAGCAGAAGGUCCUCCAGACGUGGAUCAGCCCUGUGAGCCCAGUCUGCAGGCGUGGAGCCCGGAGCUCCACCUUUACGACAUGAACAUGACGGUGCCGUGCCCCCAGCCCGACGGCUGCAUCCUGGAGCUGCGCUUCCUGCACCCCGUCUACCCCGAUUCUCUCACCCUCUGGACCACCUACCUCUCCACAGGCUCUCCCAAGGCACUGUCUGACAUUGAAAUCCUGACAGAGCAAGGGGAGUCCAUCCACCUGGGCCCCCUGGACACCUUCUGCGAUGUCCCCUUUACUGUGAAGCUCAAUAUCCCUAAAAAGAUGUCUGGAGUUAAAAUCUACACCUUUGAUGAGAGGAUGGAGAUAGACACAGCCCUGCUGACCUCCAGGCCUCACAGCUCCCUGUGCUCUGCCUGCAGACUGAUCCAGUACCGGGUGCUCCGUGAGCCCCCAUUUGCAGACGGGUCCCCUGCCACCCCCCUGCAGGCACAUCGCCAGUUCAUCGACACGGAAGUCACUCCUGGGCAGCUGUACCGCUACCAGGUGCAGGUGGUCUCUGGGACAACUUCAGGAGAAGCCUCCCCACCGCUCGUCCAUGUGCACGGAGCACCCUACUGUGGCGAUGGGAAGGUGACCACGAGCCUGGAGGAGGAAUGUGAUGAUGGGGACUUGCUGGAUGGAGAUGGCUGUUCCAGGAAGUGUAAAAAGGAAAAAGGCUUCAACUGUGUUGGGGAGCCAAGCCUGUGCUACGUUCACGACGGGGAUGGGGUGUGUGAGCCCUUUGAGGAGACAAGCAGCAUGCUGGACUGUGGUCCCCACACUCCUGAGGGGUUUGUGGAUCUGUGGGCAGUGAAAGCCUACGCCUCCCAACAGGAUGAAAAGUCCUGCCCUGCUUCCAUAGUCACUGGAGAGCCUGUUGUGAAGGUUUGCUUUGAGAGACCUGCAGUGCCCACCUCUCUCCUGCUCUUCCUGGCCUCCUCUGGCACUGUCCCAAGCCAGCAGCUCAAGCCAGUGGUUGCCGUCCAGUUGACUGACACAGAUGGACAGAACCGCUCCUUGGGGACGUACGAGCUGUCAUGCCAGCACACCCCCCUCACCAUCAAUGUGACCCACAGCCAGGAGGACCCGCUCCCCCAGGUUGCCUCGGUGCUUCUCAACUUCUCCUCCCCCCUUGUGGGCAUUGCAGCCGUGGCCUUGCGGACCUUGGCCCAGCCGGGCUCCUCUGAUCCCCUCACCUCCUGCCUCCUGCAGCACCACUAUGAGGGAUAGGUCUGUACCCACGGAGCCUGCGUGGGAUUGGGAAUCUGCACGCAGCCACUGCUUGCUCAUGCUGCCACCCUCAACUGUAGCUUGGAUGGCCCAAGGCACAUGAUGUGUGCUGUUUCCUGUGAGAAGGGCUUCGUCCUCCACUCCAGUGGUGGGAAGAGGCUGGGCUCCUGGCAGCAGGAGGUGGUGCUGACGUGCCGUUCAGGACAGUGGGACAGAUCUGUGACUUGUGACCCUGUUGACUGCCAUGUCCCUGACCAGUCCCACGUGUCCUAUGCCGAGUUCUCCUGCCCUCUGGGGACCACCUACCUGCAGAGAUGCUCCUUCUCCUGCAUCCCCCCAGCCAAACUUCAAGGAACAAACCAGUGGCUCACCUGCCUGGAGGAUGGUCUCUGGUCCCUGCCUGAGGCAUACUGCAAGCUGGAGUGCGCCGCGCCUCCGGCCGUGGCCAACGCGCGGCUCCUGGUGCCUCGGUGCCUGCAGGGCAGCCACGACGUGGGCUCGGUCUGUCGCUACAAGUGCAAGCCUGGAUACCACGUGGCCGAGAACACAGCAGACAAGCCUAAGAGGAAGUUCCUGAAGGUCCAGUGCCUGGAGAGUGGGCAGUGGGAAGAGGGACACUGUGUCCCUGUGGUUUGCAAGCCCCCGCCCCCCGUCUUUGAGGGCAUGUACAACUGCACCCAGGGCUUCGAGCUGGACAGCCAGUGUGUCCUCAACUGCGAGCAGCAGGGACAGCAGGUUCCCAUCGUCUGCACGAAGGAGGGCUUGUGGACAGAGGAGUUCAAACUGUGUGAGAGCUUGCAGGGCACCUGCCCACCACCCCCGGAGCUGAAUUUCGUGGAGUACAAGUGUGAGCAGGGGCAUGGCAUAGGUGCUGUGUGCAUUCCUUCCUGUGUCAUUCCUCCCAGUGACCCCGUCAUACUGCCCAAAAAUGUCACUGCUGAGACAAUGGAUCACCGGCUGCAGCCCACCAGAGUCCAGAACAUCGUGUGCACGGGCAGGCUGCGGUGGUAUCCCGACCCCUCUGUCAUUCACUGCAUCCAGUCGUGUGAGCCCUUCCAAGCAGACGGCUGGUGUGACACCAUCAACAACCGGGCGUACUGCCAGUACGACGGCGGGGACUGCUGCUCCUCCACGCUGUCCUCCAGGAAGGUGAUCCCGUUUGCUGCUGACUGCGACCAGGACGAGUGCACGUGCCGCGACCCGGCGGCCGAGGAGAACCAGUAG